AUUUCUAAGGUUGUUCACAUACAAUUACUAUAUAAUUAGCCCCAAUUCAUCCUUCCACUAUUAUUUGUUCAAACUGUCUGUAAGCUUCUGAAAUGGCAGUCUUGUCUACAGUCAAAUUAUGGGUUUUAGCUCUAACUAUGGUGUGCAUGUCUAUUUUCUGCUUCUACUCAGGGAAGGCGGAUGAAGGUGUGCCUCAAACGGGUGCUGUAGUCGGUGAUCCAGCUGAAAUUGUUGCCAAGGCAUUGCUAUGUUUCAAUGAUAAAUAUAUUUAUAGCAGCUGUGAAGAAUCUUACCGAUUGACUGCAACUGGAAACCUAGAUGUUCCCCCUGACUACGCUGAUACAUAUUGCAAUGGACCUUGCCUGUCAGAGACACACCUUGUGCUCAACUGUAUAGAAGGCAUCAUGAUAAAUUUCCUGUUCUACAAUAAGGCCACGAUUCAGGAUAUUAGAGACACAAUCCAGGCAGGAUGUGGCUAUGGUCGUGAAAGAGGUAGUUUCCGAAAUCAAGUUUGUAGAAAUAUUGUUCCGUUUGGUUUUCCAUCAAAUUCCAUAAUCUGUUCCUCUGUUUGUGUAGGUAAUUUUAAUGUGGCAGAACACAUUCAAGCUGAGAGCAGUGCAAACAAGGCGGCCACUCACAUUUUAUUAGGGUUGAUGAUUAUUGGACUCACUCAGUCACUCUAUUACCUAUGACAUGUUUAAUUAUCCGAAUCCGGAGUCACUCUGUAGGAUUUACUUUCACAACUUUGAAUUUCUCUGUUUCAAAAUGAGGGCAAUAAAACAUGACAGUAGUUU